ACAUGGUGCACUUUAUCCCGAAGCACCACGGCAGCGCGCUACGGGAAUCCGAAAUGAAAGCAGCCCCGAGCCUCCUGUGCGCAUUUGGCUUUAGGAAGCUUUUCAAAUGGCUUGACGCGCAGCUCGUUCCACACUUCUGAUCUGUGGCUGGGACGGACAGCAGCUUUGGACGGACUUUUUUUUUCUCCAUUCCCCUCAUUUCGGGUUUGGGAUCAGUCGAGUCGGACACACACUCGGGACUCCGGAGGAAAGGGGGACAGCAGGGGACAGCACCAUGACCAGCUGCUGGCUCGCCCUGCUCGGAUUGUGGUGGAGCGCGUAUCACUGCAUGUUCCCGGUGCUGGGGAGCAACUCUUCUCUGGACGGGAACAGCGAGGUGCACCCGGGCUUCAUCCACCGGAGGCUGCGGACGCACGAAAAGCGGGAGAUGCAGAAGGAGAUCCUGUCCAUCCUCGGGCUCCCGCAGCGACCCAGACCGCAUCUGUCCCUCGGGAAGUACAACUCGGCUCCUCUCUUCAUGCUGGACUUGUACAACACGAUCUCCAGCGACGAGAAGAGCCAGGUGCAGGGCGUGCUGGAGCGGUACCAGUCCGCCCGGGCGACGCAGAGCCCUCAUCUGGCCACGUACCAAGAAACGGCCUUUCUGAAUGACGCGGAUAUGGUGAUGAGCUUCGUCAAUUUAGUGGAGUACGACAGCGAGCUCUCCCCACAGCGGCGUCACCACAAGGAGUUCAAGUUCAACCUCUCGCAGAUCCCCGAGGGCGAGGCCGUCACCGCGGCGGAGUUCCGUCUCUACAAGGAGUGUGUGAGCCGAACCUUCCGCAAUGACACCUUCCUCCUCAAAGUCUACCAGGUGGUCAAAGAGCACCCUGACAGAGAGCCAGACCUGUUCUUGCUGGAAUCUCGUAACCUGUGGGCGGCUGAGGAGGGCUGGCUGGAGUUCGACAUCACCGCCACCAGUAACCUGUGGGUGAUGAGCCCAAUGCACAACCUGGGCCUCCAGAUCAGCCUGGAGACCAGCAGCGGACAGAGCAUCACUUCUAAAGAGGCGGGGCUCGUAGGACGCGAUGGUGCCCUGGAGAAGCAGCCUUUCAUGGUGGCGUUCUUCAAAGUCAGUGAAGUGUACAUCCGCACCGCCCGCUCCACUGGCGGCAAACGUCGCCAGCAGCAACGCAACCGGUCCACGCAACCACAAGACGGUUCCCGAGGGCUCAGCCUCACAGAUUACAACAGCAGCGAUCAGAAAACCGCCUGCAGACGGCACGAGCUCUACGUCAGCUUCCGGGAGCUGGGCUGGCAGGACUGGAUCAUUGCUCCGGAAGGCUACGCAGCCAACUACUGUGAUGGAGAGUGCUCCUUCCCCCUGAACGCCCACAUGAACGCCACCAACCACGCCAUUGUGCAGACACUGGUGCACCUAAUGAACCCCGAGAACGUACCGAAGCCGUGCUGUGCCCCCACCAAGCUGCACGCCAUCUCGGUGCUCUACUUUGACGACAACUCCAACGUCAUACUGAAGAAAUACAAAAACAUGGUGGUACGGGCCUGUGGCUGCCACUGACACCUUCAAGGACCAAUAAUAUUUGAACUGAUAUAAAAAAUAAGGGGGGUUGACAAAGGGCUGCAACUGCACCAGCGACUCCUGAGUGAGUUUGACCUCCAGUAGUUUCUGCACAAAUCCUCAGCCUGCAAGGAAGGUCCGCCCUUUACGCGUUGUAUUCCAAGAAUCCUGGACAGCUCAAAAGCUCAUUUGUCAACGAGGCAUCAAACUAAGUAGGGACCAUUGAGAAAACGUCCGACUUCCCCCUACUCCAUUGCUGAGUCACCAAAGGGUCAAUCGCCCUCUUUACUGGCUUCGGAGUGGAGUCUUUCCUCCAGGGGUCUGCAGGUGAAUGAAUGAUCAUGUGUGUGUGUUGCAAGGGGGUCAGUCUGUCUGCGUAUUAUGUGUUUAUGGAAGAGUGUGUAUGGAUGCCGAAGAGGCUACUGCACCUUCUCCCUCACUGAGAGGGCGAGGGCAAACCUGAACUGUUGGGGGACCAGUCUAAGUGCUGCUUACUUUCCCUUCUCCCAUACAAAUAUAUAUAUACAUUAUAUAUAUAGUUAUAUAUAUUUAAAACCAAGAUGCUCAACUCAAUGACAUAAAAUAAAUGGUUUGAGUCAGAUGGAAAAAAAACACGAGAGCAGUUUCCUCUUCAGAUGCCGUCAACCCAAACAAUCUAAUACUGACUGAACGAUUGGACUCGUUUGUUUCAUAUUUCCUUCCUCUUUUCCUGAUGUAUUUUCUUCUCAAGCCAUAUUUGCCUUCCUAGAAUAUAAUAUGGACCAAACCAAAGUAACCGCACACUAUUUUAGCAGUGCACCGCUGCGAAUAUCCGCUCCGUGUCAAUAUUUGCCGGGCUCAAGCUGAGCUGCGACUCGCCGGGCUGGUUCAGCUCCCGAUGCAUGUUCUGGCUAAACUGGUGUUUUUCCUCCAAAGAACUGAAGACUAAAGCCUUAUCCCUCCGACGUACCACAAAUGGCCAUUUCCACGUUGCUGCACUCGCAAAGUUAACAAACGUUCCAGCCCGGACAGCUCGGGAGACAUCAUGGAAAAACAUUUAGCGAGGCGCACACCGGCCGACAGAACCGUUCCUGUGCCAGCUGUCUGAAAUUAGCCCUUUGCUUUUUCACCCCGGAGGGUAAAAUUAUGUCGAGAAGUGUGUCCAGUAGCAAACACUCUCUCCAUUUGAACAUGUUACUGUGAGCUUUGAAUGGCUUUUAGAGACCAUAUUAUAAUGAAAAACUAAUACCAGUAAAGAAUCAAAUUACCUUACAUGACUAACCAACUAUAAAAUUACAAAAUAUACCUCUGGUAAGCUGCUGUUUACAUUUGUGAUCAUGUUUAGACUGUUUUAUUGUAAAUACUUGUACAUUCUCAGCUUAUUUAUUGCACCUUUUAUUAAAAAAGAAAAAUCACAUACCUUAAUAACAAAGACAGAUGCAAAAACACAAUGAAAACUUAUUUUUGAAAAAAUUUAUUAUGAAAUCUCAUGUUACAACUUGCCAUUAUUUACCCUUUUUUGUACAAAAUCCAUGGGAAGAGCACAACCCAUGACUCACAAGGAAAAAAAACUUCUCACUGGAGUUUUCUUUUUUAAGACCAUGUGCUAUCCAUAAAAACUUUUACUGACAAAGAACUGCUGUGUCUUACUGUUUGUAUACCUGGUUUGGACAAUAAAUGGCACCCUGCAUUGUGCAUUUGCAUGGUGUGGGCACGGCCUUGUGGAUGGAUGCAGUUUGUUACAUCGC